AUACAUCGAUAUCUUUAUAUUUAAAUUUUUGCUCCAUAUUAUCACACUCAUUUUUUAUAUUUUUAUUAUAACGCACCAACCGUGAGCUAAUCAAGUAGAAGUAGAUACUUGCACUUCCAUUCGAUACUAGUAGCUCAUAUAUACCCGCUGCCAUCUAACCCAAGCCGCCUCUCACCUUCCGCCCCAACCCCCGAUACAGCGGACUCACUCGUACAAUUCCCCACUGGAUUCGCCGCGGAAUUCACCCGGUUCCUGUCUUCCUGGCGCAGAAUCGAUCCGAGAUUGGGAGGCGAUUCCGGCGCUGCGCGGGGAUGGUCUAAAGAUCGCUUCUUUGGCGGCGAUAGAGCCGAUGGCGGGCGGUGGGCGCGUGCGGUUCAACGUGGCCGGGCAGGUGUUCGAGACGACCACCAUUACGCUCGCCAACGCCGGCCGCGACACCAUGCUCGGAGCGCUGCUCGACUCCUCCUGGAACGUUUCGUCGUCGUCCUCCUCCAGCAGCGGCGUCGCCGAGUACUUCAUCGACCGCAACCCGGCGUGCUUCGCGGUGCUGCUUGACCUGCUCCGCACGGGGAGCCUCCACGUGCCGCCGCAUUUGCCGGAGAAGCUGCUCUACCGCGAGGCGCUCUACUACGGCCUCCUCGACCACGUCCGCGCCGCGCGGUGGGGCGCGUUCGACGGCGACCGCCUCCGCCUCGCGGCGUCCGUGCCCGGCCGCGCCCCCGGGGACGGCACGGCCAUCCGCGCCGCGCCCGACGGUGGGUGCUGCGUCGCGCACGGCGGCGCCGUGCGCGUGUACAACUGGAUGCUCGACGAGCGCCGGCCGGUCUCGCACGACCACUCGCAGGUCAACGACGCGGCCUACCUCGACUCGGGCACGCUCCUGAUCGCAGCCCGCGAGCGCCUCGGCAAGUGCGACGGCGGCAUGGCCGCGUUCUCCGCGGUCUCCGGCGAACUCCGCCACCGCUUCCGCGUCGCGCACGACCGGCAGGUCAAGUCCUUCACCGCCGGCGCGCUGGCGUUCGACCAGGACUCGAGCAUCUUCGCCAGCUGCAAAGGCCGGCUCAACGAGUACGGCAUCGGCGUCUGGGACCGCGCCACCGGCGAGCAGGCCGACUUCUUCUACGAGCCCCCCGGUUGCGCCCUGGGCGACGCAGACAAGCUCCAGUGGCUGGACUCCACGAACGCGCUCAUGGUGGCCACGUUGUUCCCCAAGGCGGACAACUGUUUCAUCGGCCUGCUGGACUUCCGGGACAAGAACGUGGCCUGGUCGUGGUCGGACGCCGGCACGGCCGCAUCGCUCGACGACAAGCGCGUGCUCCACGCCAUAGCCAUGGAGGACGAGCGGUCGCGGUCGGUCUGCGUGAUCAACCAGUACGACGACCUCGGCUUCCUCGACCUCAGGAGCAGCGCCGGCGGCGUGCGGUGGAGCUCCCGGAGCAAGCUCAUGAACCGGAAGGUGCCCGGCGAAGAGAGCUGCUACCCGAAGCUCGCCACGCACGGCGGGCAGCUCUUCUCGUCCAUGAACGACAGCAUCUCCGUGUUCAGCGGCCCCGAGUACGUCCUCACGUCGACGCUGCGGAGGAGCCACGGCGGCGCCAUCUGCGAUUUCUCUAUCGGAGGCGACCGGCUCUUCGCCCUGCACAACGAGGAGAAUGUGUUUGACGUCUGGGAGACGCCACCGCCGCCGAUCAUCUGACCAUCGUUGUGUACUUGAGACUUGUUCUGUACCUUUUGUACUUUUGUUCUUGCAUUGCAACUUGCAAAUGCUUACUUAACAGAGGAAAAAAAAAAACUCAGAAUGGUUUCUGCACACUGAAUACUUUGUAAAUUUUGAGCUUAGAGAAAUGGUCGGACAAUGUACCUAAAUUCCUUUCUAACACGGACAAGAGAAGUGCAUUCGAGUGCAUUUCUAAUUUCUACACGGCACAUGCCGACUGUUACUGAUUUUUCUUGCCUUUGCACAAUUGCACUGCUCGAUAUUGUUAUUUACAGAGCACUGUGAAUGAGUAGAAAUACACUGUGGAUUGUCGAACAUAUGGGCAUCUGCUGUCGGCGUCAGAUGUUGUUCCGUCAAAAUCAUCACAUGUGGAUUCUCAACUAAGUACGCGAAUGUUUAAGCACGGAAAAUUCCCUCCGUCUGCGCUGAAUGGCGAGGUCCA